AUGCUAAGACUCACCUCCUACACCAGAUCCGUGGCCGCGCGCCGCGCGCCCUUCGCCGGCGUGCUAAGAGGAAUGGCGUCGGCAACGUCGAUCCCCGAAAAACAGAAGGCGAUCAUCUUCUACGAGAAUGGCGGCGAGCUCAAAUACGAAGACAUCCCAGUGCCCAAGCCCAAGUCCAACGAGCUUCUCAUCAAUGUCAAGUACUCGGGUGUCUGCCACACCGACUUGCAUGCCUGGAAGGGUGACUGGCCCUUGCCCACCAAGCUACCACUGGUUGGUGGCCACGAGGGUGCAGGUGUCGUGGUGGCGAUGGGCGAGAACGUGAAGGGCUGGAAGAUCGGCGACUUGGCUGGUAUCAAGUGGCUGAACGGCUCCUGUAUGGCAUGUGAGUACUGUGAGAAAUCCGCUGAGUCCAACUGUCCCCACGCAGACCUCUCAGGUUACACACACGACGGUUCGUUCCAGCAGUACGCCACGGCCGACGCCGUGCAGGCAGCCAGAAUCCCCAAGGGAACCGAUUUGGCUGAGGUUUCGCCCAUCUUGUGUGCCGGUGUCACUGUCUACAAGGCUUUGAAGACCGCCAACCUAAAGGCCGGCGACUGGGUCGCCAUCUCAGGUGCCGCAGGUGGUCUGGGCUCGCUCGCCGUCCAAUACGCCAAGGCUAUGGGCUACCGUGUGCUCGGUAUCGAUGGUGGUGAGGAGAAGGGCAAGCUGGCCAAGAAAUUGGGUGCCGAGAAGUUUGUCGACUACACCAAACACAAGGACUUGGUCGAGGCCGUCCAGGAGGCUACUAACGGUGGCCCACACGGUGUCAUCAACGUGUCUGUCUCCGAAGGUGCCAUGACUGCAUCCACCCAGUACGUCAGACCCACCGGUACCGUGGUGCUAGUGGGCUUGCCCGCCGGCGCUGUGAUCAAGUCCGAGGUCUUCUCGCACGUGAUCAAGUCCAUCAACAUCCGUGGUUCCUACGUCGGUAACCGUGCUGACACCAGAGAAGCAGUCGACUUCUUUGCACGUGGCCUAGUCAAGUCUCCUAUUCACGUUGUCGGUCUCUCCGAGCUACCAAGAGUUUACGACUUGAUGGAGAAGGGUAAGAUCUUGGGUAGAUACGUUGUGGACACCUCCAAGUAA